AAAAGAAAGAAGCCACCCUUUUCUUUUUUGUCUUUAACUCUUGUUUCCUCCUUUUCCUGUCUCUUCUUUUCUUUUCUUUUUUCCCUUUUCUCCCCCUUUGAUUCAUAUUCUCCUCCUCUAGUACGACGCCAUCAAUAACCAUCGAGAUCUCUCUCACCGUGGGUUCUUGGUUUCUUUCUCACCGACCUUUAUGCCCCCCAGCAUCAUGGCCGCCGAGUUGGUCCUGGUUCACGCCUAAAUGAUACCCUGUCAGGUCUGAAUACAGCAAACGCCAGUGGCCCUCCCGUUCAAAUCACUGUUGGUACCAGGAAUUAAUUUGCUGGUUUGUCUUGUGUGUCUUUCUUAUCUGUCGUUCGCCGUUGGAUUAGAAGAGACGAGGCAGAAGAAGCAAAAAAAAAAAAAGCCGACUCUUGGACCUCUUGAGAUCGUCGUUUAAUGACAGGGAGCUCCAAUUAGCGCGCGCUAUCUCUGGCUGGCUGUAAGAGCUCCCAGCUCCAUCAGUGACCGCUCUGUCGGUACCUGCCUUGCCUUGUCUUGCCAUACCUUACCUCACUUUGUCUCUAUCAGCGCAAUCAAUCAAUCAAUCAAUCAAUCAAUCGGGCAUCAACUUUAAUAUUACUAUAUAAAGUGAUAAAGUAUUACCUGCCCGCCCUUGCCUUGACCGCGACUGGAUUAAUUGAUUGAUUGCUAUUGCAAUUGCACGUGCAACUGUAACCAAACUGUGCAACCGCAGCUGCAACCGCAACCACCUCUCAAUUAUCCUCCUUCCCCAUCUCAUCCACUCACUCCAUUCCCCUCCCCCCAUCUUAUCUCAUCCAUCCAUAUCACGCUACAACUUUGGUAGUGGAGUCUGACUACUAUACAUAUUUCAACGAUAUCAAACUUUGCCACUGUACGCUCUACCGUAUCUCAGCUCACACAUCCUCACACCAAAGAAAGUAUCAUUCUUUUGGGUCGCAAUCAUCAAGCAAACCCCCUCGUCAAAUCAUCCCUGCCUCUUUCACCGAAACGGGCCUUCCAUCCUCCAUACCUUACUCGACCGACCGACCUUACCUACGAAACGAUACGUACCGGUACUUUGUUGCUUCGAGUCUAUCUCCCCCACCCUCCACCUCAAGCCCAAAUCCGUCUUCUUAGGUUCCUCCACCGAUUCUCCAAUCACACCUCUUCCGUCUAUUCCCCAAAAGAGACCCAACUCCCUCGAUCGCUCUCUCUUACUUCUCCUCGUUUCUCUCCGGGCGCUCUGAGGUCUGGGAGCCUCCAGACGAACUACCUGAUACCCCGAAACCACUGAAAACCGACUCAACACCACCGAUGAUGCUCAUGAUCGUAUUGGCCGCGAUAUCAUGAUGCUCUGCGCAGCACACCCCACGCCCAUUCUAGCAUCGUCGCAUCCGCUAUCAUCCUCACCCUUACCGUCGCUGCGAUCCUCCUCGCAUAUCUCUCUAUCAUUGUCGAUCCUGUGCGCCGUGGUAUCUUGCCCAUUGGUGUCAUUACCAACGCUGUGUUCUUCACUCAAUCGUGUUAACAGGCCAUCGGCCCUUCGGUCUCUUCCCUUCCAACAUAGCCCAUGUCACGAGUUGCCGAAGCGGUCUUAUACUCAAACCGAAUCUCUUCUCGCCCACCUGCUCGGCUCAUACUGCAUCCUCAACCCAUUUGCUUUUCUGCGACGAUCCAAAAAACCGAAACCUUUACUUGACCCCCCAAGUCUCAACCGCAGCCGCAUACUUUGCGACUCACCUGGUCUCCCCACGCCAUAGCUAGCAGCCCCUCCAGCUGCUGCCCGUCAUGUCCUCACAGGCUGUACCGGACACCCAGCUAGGGCUCACCAACGAGGAGAUCCAGCUGCUUCGCCAAGGGCAGGCGGCACUGGGAGGGGGGUCCAGCAGCUCGCGCGCCGCUAGUCGCGCCAGUAGCCAAGGCCUUUUACUCCUCGACAGCUCCUCGCUUUCUGCUUUGGGCCGUUACUUUGAUCAUCUUAUGGCUAGUAUCGAACAACGGAUUAAUUACCUGAGUCAUGAAGCGCAGCGAUUUACCCAGCUGCAAUAUGACGAAGCUGAUGGAAUCAUCGGCGGCGCCGACGCAGAAAUUGCUCGGUAUACCGAGAUUCUUCAGCAGCUGGAUGAGCUCGAGGUAGAUUUCGACCGUAUCGCCCACAUUAAGGAGAUUGUCAAGGGAUAUCGGUCAAGGGUUGAAACCCUGGAGCGGGAUCUUGAGAGUAGUGGUAGCUCGAGCCGACACCGACACUCUUCGUCGCACCAUUCUUCUUCUCAUCGCAGCCAUGGUCACUCUCAUCGUCACAGCAGUUCUCAUCGUUCACGUCACUAAACAGAUCGCCUACCAGAUGGCGUGAAGGUUUGGCCGGAGGUUAUUCACUCACAAAAUGUUGUUACAGUAAAACAAAAGUCUAAAAAAGAAGAAAAGAUUCGAAAAAGAAAGUAGGGGAGAGUUCGAAAAAGAGACAAAGUCCUGCGCGGGUUACACAGGACCGCCGUGCUCCUCGCAUCGCGAAAUGCAUUUUGCUCUCAGGCUCGGUCUAUAGCCAUGACGAAUCAAAGGUCAGGAAGGGAACCUGGGACGUGGGAAUUUUGGAAGAUUGAUGGGCCUCACGGCUACAGCACGCUGCGCUACGUCUACGCAAGAUGGAAUUGGCCUCACGGCCUGGCCUAUUUUUUAAUGUUUUUCUUGCUAUUACUGUCUUCUAUCUGCUUUUUCUUGGGUUCAAUUUGGUGCUAUUUUGGCGUUGAAUAGCGCCUAUUGUUGGAUAUAUGUUUGUGUCUCGGGCAUUUGUGCCAGAUGCUUGGACUCCUUACCUUACUCAGACAAAUUUGGUAUUGAAGCAUGUGCUUGGAGAAAAAUACCCUUUGUUAAUUGUUGUAUUGUCAUAACAAACGUUUACUACGACAUGUACCUUUGUUUCUUGCAAUCUUUGGAAGCUUGUUUUCUUAUGAUAUGAUGCUAAUGUCAAAAGGCAUGGAUGUCCCUGCUAUUGGGGAUACUCAUCACGAGAGCUCUCACCGCACCGUGCUUUUUAAUGGACCACUUCGAGUCGUGCUUUUGCAUUGUCGAACGCCUCACCUGCGCGACUGGCUCUGGGGUGCAGCUCUGGGGAUGCAUAUGCAAGGCGGGUGGAAGCAUCGUUUAUGGGGGAGACGCAGUGAUGCCCAACACUAAAGGGUUGUAGUAUAGUUGCUGACGUGUGUGAGGUUUAAGGCUGAAUUCAAGAGGUGGAUUAAAAAAUGAUUUAUGACCUGGAGAAAGUAUAUAUCAACAGUUUGGUUCUUUCAUUGGCGUUAGAAAAUGAGGCGAGAAGGGGAGACGACGCUGCAAGUUGGGUUCAUGAUGGAGAAGAGUUAGUGUAAGUUGGGUACACAUCCAUAUGAUGAUAUGGAUUGUCCAAUGACGUUGUAUGUCUCUAAUAGACAAGGGUUAUCUGCAAAAUGCUGCACUUUAACGGCUCCUCAUUUCAUUGGAUGCUCACCGAGUUCUAAAGUGCGGAUGCGUUCCUAGGAGAAGGCCUUGGAGAUCUGGGGGCCAAACAAUGCUAUUGACCCGAUUUAGAGAGGCUUGAGAGGUUGAGUAAGUAUGUAGAAGAGUGUCAUUAUCUUUUUUACAACGUCUAAGAAUAAACAUACGCAAGAACAGCCUAAUCCAACUCAACCGAAUUCGAUCCAAUCCCACC